CGCGUAUAUAAGCGUGGAUCCGGCCUCUUCCUUGUUAGUGCCGCUGGGAUCGUUGGCGGGGAGGUUCGCAUCGCCGCUUCCGUGCUACUCGCGCUUGGAGCCCUGAACUAGAGCCGAGUACGCGGGGCCGGCCAUCAUGUCACGUUACGGGCGGUAUGGAGGAGAAACCAAGGUAUAUGUUGGUAACCUGGGAACUGGUGCUGGUAAAGGAGAGUUAGAAAGGGCAUUCAGUUACUAUGGGCCCUUAAGAACUGUAUGGAUUGCCAGAAAUCCUCCGGGAUUUGCCUUUGUGGAAUUUGAAGAUCCCAGAGAUGCAGAAGAUGCAGUUCGAGGAUUGGAUGGGAAGGUGAUUUGUGGUUCUCGAGUGAGGGUUGAACUAUCUACAGGCAUGCCUCGGAGAUCUCGUUUUGAUAGGCCGCCUGCCCGUCGUCCCUUUGAUCCUAAUGAUAGAUGCUAUGAGUGUGGUGAAAAGGGACAUUAUGCUUAUGACUGUCAUCGCUAUAGCCGACGAAGAAGAAGCAGGUCACGGUCUAGAUCACAUUCUCGAUCCAGGGGAAGGCGAUACUCUCGCUCACGCAGCAGGAGCCGGGGUAGGAGGUCAAGAUCAGCAUCUCUUCGACGAUCAAGGUCUGUGUCUCUUCGUAGAUCAAGAUCAGCUUCACUCAGAAGAUCUAGGUCUGGUUCUAUAAAAGGAUCGAGGUAUUUCCAAUCCCGCUCAAGGUCAAGAUCAAGAUCCAGGUCUAUUUCACGACCGAGAAGCAGCCGAUCAAAAUCCAGAUCUCCAUCUCCUAAAAGAAGUCGUUCUCCAUCAGGAAGUCCUCGCAGAAGUGCAAGUCCUGAAAGAAUGGACUGAAGUUCUCAAGUUCACCCGUUAGGGAAAAGUUAUUUUGUUUACAUUAUUAUAAGGGAUUUGUUAUGUCUGUAAAGUAUAACCUAGGAAGGAUCAACCAUCUAAUGAGAAUGGAUCUGGAUUAUUAUUACUCUGUAAAAUUCACAGCAGUAAAAUAUUGUUUUUGUUGAAUGUAUUAACAUCUUAUGGUCUGGAAAUGUGGGUUGUUAUUUGGCACAUUUAAAUAAAAUGUUUCUAACUAGAUUUUUUUUGAUUUGUGUUCAAUAUUAAUACUUUUCAAUUGGGUAAGCAUCAGGUGUCCAGACAAUUGUUAUUGACCAUAUUUAUAUGGGCCUGUAUUCAAAGUUAAUGGUGUUGACUAAGUAUCAAAUAUCAUUAACUUCCAUAACACUGGCCAGUAUCUUAGAGGACUUUGAAAAUCCCAUUUUACCCUUGUACCUUUGGGUAAGAUGAUCUUGAGUCCUUGUAAUAGCAUGAAUGCAUCAUGGCAGAUCUCUUGAGAAUUGGUGUUAAGUAGAAGUCAAACUAACAGUCUCAAAUCCUCACGCUAGAGGGACCACCGAUUUAGCCUACAAAUGGAUGCAUGACAGGAACUCAGAGUUACUAAAGUAAAUGUCAUUAAGAAACUUGAUUUCUAGAGGCUGAG